AUGACUUUAAAUUUUUAAUUACUAUAAUAAAGUAUUUAAAAACAAAAUAUUACGCGAGUAUUGUGAUAGAAAAUUGAUAUCACGUUUUCCCUCCAAAAACGAGCAGAUAGUAUUCCUCGAUAUUUAUUAUUUUUUCGAGUAUUUGUGUUAGUGUCGUUUGUGUCUUUGUUUUAAUUACGAGAUUACCUAUACUUGGUAGCAUAAGAUUAAAGAUUUAUAAAAUGGUCAAAUGUUGCGUGGUUGGGUGUACUUCGGGGUAUAAGAGUAACACUGAAAAAGUUCACCAAUUUUGUGUGCCGAAAAAUGAAGAUCUCCGAAUAAAGUGGGCAAAAGCAAUACCUCGAAAAGAUUUGGUAUUUACGAAAAAUACAUAUGUUUGUGACAAGCAUUUUAAUGAAAAUCACAUAAUAAAGUUUUGGUCUUCGGGUGAUGUUAAAAUUCCAUACAAACAAUGGAGACUUGUCGAAGGAGCCAUUCCUACUAUUUUUUAUGGUCCCUCAUAUCUUUCUAAAAAAUAUGUUACACCUAGAAAAAUUAGAAAAGCUUAUUUUAUAAAAACCUAA